AAUUUUUUUAAAAAAAAAUAGUCACGAAUGCCACAUGUAGCCUUAGAAAAAAAAAAUUAAUUAUACAGUCAGCACGCCACAUAAGCAUAUAUGUACAGUCAGCAUGCCACACAAUGUACCACAUCAGCAAAUAUGUACAGUCAUAUGGGGGAGGGGUGUUUUCCGAAAAAAAAAAGUUUUACAAGGAUGCAAAUCAAACCGAAAAUUUUAUAAGGGCGAAAACCAGAAAUGAUCUAUAUUACAGGGGUGAAAAACACUAUUAACCCUAUUAUAAAAUGUUAAAUAUAAAUUGCCACAUGUAGCAUUUACAUAUCAAUAUUUUACUUCUCAAUAAUUUAUCCUGCCAACAUUUUAGUUUGAGAAUGCAAUAGAUGGAUGAUGGUUGAGUUUGGAUAACUAAGCCAAACAGGCCAAAUGUAUAGAGAUGCACAUGCAGCAAAUGAAGCAUAUGGCUGCGUGGUAGAAUCAGUAGGAAAGGAAGGACACAACAACAAAAGCAAAGGGAAAAUUACACUAACCUCCCCUGAGAUUAAUGUAAAUACAAUAGAUGCCCCUUCUAUUUUUUCAUAUAUCAACAACCUCCCCUAUCGUUAGAAUUGUCCAAUCUGUUCAUUUGUUUUCUCUAAACUGCAGGGAAUCUUAAUCCCUUGUCGUUAUGCUAGAUAAGCUGCGUCCAACCUAUCCCUAUUUUGUUUCUUAGAUUACAAAACCUUGUAUAAAAUCAAAUGAUAUUUUUGUUAUUGAUGCCUCAGAGUGGGGAUUAUAAUGAGCAUUUUAAAUGUGAGUGGACUGAAAUGAGAAAAUGGCCAUUAGCCGGCCCAUUACAAGUUGAAAAACGUGAAUGGCAUAUCAGUUCUGCAACUUUUUCUCUUAAUAAGUCUUUCCCAGCUAUUAUUGAAGCAGAAGUCUUUUCUAGCAUUGCUGAACCAUUAGCUGUUUUGUGUCAACUAGCUUCCUAGUUAAUAUUUUUUCUCCAUGCAGCACACUGUCAUUUUCUGUAACAUAUUCACCUUUUGGAAUUCCAAGUGGCAAUCAUCCUUCUUGGUUAGCCUAUACAGGUGAAGGACCUUCAGCACAAUUUCAAGUUCCUGAGGAUGUUGAUUGUCAUAUUAAGGGAAUAAUCUUAUGUGUUGUUUAUUCAUCAACAUCUGAAAUCAUGGGAGCUGAAUGUCUAACUAGUGUCUUCAUUGUUGUUAAUCACACAAAGUGCAAUAUCCAGAUAUACAAGCGAGACACGAUAAUGUUCUUUAAUGAUGAAGAUUGGAAGAAUGUAAUAUCAAAUCUAGGUCCUGGUGACGAUGUAGAGAUUUUUGUAGCUUUUGGCCAUGGAUUGAUUGUUAAGCAGACAGCUGUUUAUCUAAUAUAUGGCCACUCAAUUACAAUGGAAAUUAAACAUUCAAUUACUAUGGAAGUUGAGACGUCAACUAACAUGGAAAUGAAGCCAUCGGAGGAAGUAAACGAGCAGCUGUCACCUGAAGUGGACGUGGAAGCAUCAAUUACUAUGGAAGUUGAGCCAUCAACUAACAUGGAAAUGGAGCCAUUAGCCGAAGUGAACGUACAGUCGUUACCUGAAAUGGAGAUGCAGCAGUCACCCGAAGUGAAAGUGGAGGCAUCAACUAAUGUUAAAACCGAUUUGUCACAGGAAGUGAAGAUGCAGUCAUUACCUAUCAUGGAAAUGGAGCCACCACCAAAGUCCAAUAGAAGUAUCUUUACAAGAUUUGCAAAAAAAAAUGGGUGCAUGUUUAUGCUUGAACCAGCAUAGAGAUAAAGGUUUGAACAACAUUUGAUUCCGUUUCAUGCUUCUCAAUAUUUUUAUGGAGGGAAGAGGGAUAGCCCUAUGUUUUACAUGCAUACAAAGGGGAAUUCAUGUACUUGCUAUUUGAUUCAAUUAAUGAGAUUAUAAAGCCAUGUUGAAAUA